AUGGCAAAUUUCUUGGUAAAUUUGCAUGAAACAAAGGGAUGCAGAGCAUCCACCCUUGCUGGUUAUAGGGCAGCAAUUGCUACAGUCCACAAGGGUUGGAGUAAGAGUACAGUUAGUUCUGAGAAAAGUUUGUCAGACUUAAUAAAGGGAAUUUUUAAUUCAAAUCCUUCCAUUAAGCCCUUGUUACCUAAUUGGGACUUGCCCUCUGUUUUAUGGGCUUUGACAAAACACCCGUUUGAGCCCAUUGAAUCUAUGGAUUUGAAGUUUUUGAUUUGGAAAACUGUAUUCCUGGUGGCUUUGGCAUCUGCCUCACGAGUAAGUGAAUUACAUGCCUUGUCUAUCAAGGAAUCUAAUUACAGAGAGGAAAGUACUGGUAUUAGACUUCUUCCUAAUUUACAAUUUUUAGCCAAAACUCAACGUCUUGGUAGGGCAUGGAAUCCAAUUUUUAUACCUAGAUUUGACAGAUUUGCGACAGAAUCAGAUGAUCUGUUACUCUGUCCAUGUAGAUGUCUAAAGAUGUACAGAAAAAGAACUAGGGACAUAAGGGAUCAAAAUGAGCCACUCUUUAUUACUUAUCAAAAGAAUUUACAUAGGCCAGCAGCUAAAGGCUCUAUAUCUAGAUGGAUUGUUUCCCUUAUAAGAUAUGUAUAUGAAAAUUCAACAGAUUUAAAUUUGAGAGAAGUUAGAGCUCAUGAUACUAGACGCUUGGCUUCAUCCUGGGCCUUGUUUAAUGAAUCCUCACUCAGAGAGAUUUUACAAGCAGCCCACUGGGCCUCUGAAAAUACAUUUACCUCAUUUUACCUGAAAGAUGUGUCUUGGGAUGUUUUUGAAAAAGAUGUCAUACGAUGGAAAGAGGAGGAUGGGGUUUACAGUGAAAGCCACGGUUUCCCUGCAAUGUUGGAUCAAGUCAGAAGUCAACCUUACAUGACAUUUGUUGGUGUCCCAGGAUCAGGAAAAUCGGCAACGAUUCAUCACAUAGCCCUGAUACUCCAGAAGGAAGAAUACGAGGUUGUACCAAUUAUAGAUAUCAGGAAGAUUGAAGAUUAUUCUGACUCGCGUCAUCCACAGGUUUUUGUCAUUGAUGAUGUGGUAGGUGUGCAUGGUCUGCAAAAACAAAAGUUAGAGUCAUUGAUAGACUAUGAAAAAAGAAUUUCAGAUCCGUCCAAUAGAAAUACAAAGGUAUUAAUGUCAUGCAGAGAAGCCGUGUUUAAUGAAUGUUACAAAUCAUUUUUCUCAAAUGAAAAUAACACAAUUAAGAUGCAUAGUUCCGAAAAUGUAUUGAACGAUGAAGAUAAGAAAGCGAUCCUUCAGAAACACGGCUUGGAUAGAGAUUUGUUGACCCCUACAUUACUGGGAGGAACAUUGGAUAUGUUUCCUCUGCUGUGUAAACUAUAUUCAAAUGAGGAGAAAUUUAGAAACAAUGUUGAAAGGUUCUUUACCUAUCCAGCUGAAUGUAUUUUAGAACAAUUUGAUAAAAUGCAAAAGCAAAAUAGUUUAUGCUAUGCUACAUUGGUCUUGUGUAUGUUGAAUGAAAAAAAACUAUCAAAAGUAAUAUUGAAAAACACAGAAAACAAUGUUUUCGAGGAUAUGAAAUCAAAACUACUAGAAAGUUGUGAAGUUGAAAGUAACACUGAUACAUUUAAAUUUGUUAAAGCAUUGGCAGCUAUGGAGGGGACAUACACAAAACUCUGUGGUACUGAGUACACCAUUAUUCAUGACUCUGUCUUUGAAAUCCUUGUGUAUCAUUAUGGAUGUCAGUUUCCAGAUCUUUUGUUGCAAUAUAUUAGCAGUAGUUACAUUGCUAAUAACGUGAAAGUACAAGAAUGUAAAGAAGAAUCAGAGGUUGAAUAUAAGCAAGAUGAAAAUGAAGAAUUUAGUGCUGAGGAGCAGGAAACAUUAAGUAGUGAAACAAUCCAGGACUCAUUUGAACUCUGCAUAAGGUUAAGAGAGGAUCAGUACCCAAUGUUAGCAGAGCGUUUGUACAGAGAUAUAGAAAAUAUGGAGCUGUAUGAUGUUUUUAUGAAUAAUGUUUUAAAACACCCUCGGGUAUGUCAGGCUUUUAUUGAGGUGUUAAAGACCAAGUCUUACACAGAGUUAAAGUCUUUAUUUCUAUCAGAACAGAAAGACGUGUCUAAGGUAGUGAGUAAAGGAAGGCGUGUGUGGGAGGAGAGUAAGAAGGGGGUUGAGAGGAGAGGGGAAUUGCGCAGACAAGAGGUGCUGUUGAAUGAGAAUAUUUUAACUGGAACAUACAGUGUGAGGGUUAUCAGCUGGGUAGUUUACUACGGACACAGUCAGAUCUUACAAUAUAUUUUAGAACAAACUGAACUACACAAAGAAACAGAGAUUGAACUAUUUUGGAAUUCCUUUAGCCCCAAAUUAAUCUAUGAAACCAACGAGAGACGAAAUAACUCUGAAAAAGCAGCAUGUCAACGUGGACAUAUGAGUUUAGUGAAGGAGCUUAUAGAAGCUGGAGCUGAUAUCAAUCCUAAAGGUUGGAAUUAUACACCACUGACAGCAGCAAUUAAGGGUGUAGUGAAGGAGGCUAUAAAAGCAGGAGUUGAUAUCAAUCAACAAGGUGGUGAGUUUCAUACACCACUGACAGCAGCAUUGAAGGAGCUUAUAGAAGCCAGAGAUGAUAUCAAUCCUAAAGGUAAGUAUAAUACACCACUGACAGCAGCAUGUCAUGGUGGACAUAUGAGUUUAGUGAAGGAGCUAAUAGAAGCCGGAGCUGAUAUCAAUCCUAAAGGUAAGUAUAAUACACCACUGACAGCAGCAUGUAAGGUUGGACAUAUGAGUUUAGUGAAGGAGCUUAUAGAAGCCGGAGCUGAUAUCAAUCCUAAAGGUAAGUAUAAUACACCACUGACAGCAGCAUGUCAUGGUGGACAUAUGAGUUUAGUGAAGGAGCUUAUAGAAGCCGGAGCUGAUAUCAAUCCUAAAGGUAAGUAUAAUACACCACUGACAGCAGCAUGUUUUGGGGAACACAGGAGUUUAGUGAAGGAGCUAAUAGAAGCCGGAGUUGAUAUCAAUCCUAAAGGUAAGUAUUAUACACCAUUGACAGCAGCAUGUAAGGUUGGAGAUAUGACUGUAGUGAAGGAGCUACUCGAAGCAGGAGCUGAUAUCAAUCCGCAAUGUAACCAUGAAACACCACUAACAGCAGCAUGUGAGAGGGGACAUGUGAGUAUAGUGAAGAUGUUACUAGAAGCGGGAGCAGGUAACAUUCUACAAGAUAAGGCAGAAACACCAUUGACAACAGGAUAUUAA